AUGAAUCAAACCACGAAUAAAACCGUACGCGACUUGGCCAAUCGAUUCAAAGAAUGCGAUGAUGAUAACGAUACUGAAAACCUAUCCACCUCCGUCGUCACCUCUUCCACCAUGAAACAGCCUUCAUCCGUUGUCAAAAUUCAUGUCAAAAGAGAUAUACCCAACGAUCAUAAAAAUAUCUUUGCUCAAGAACCACAGCGUUUAAGAGAGGAUCCUAUUGCCUACUUAUUGCACUUGGGUUUAUUCUAUCAAGGAGCUGGCUAUCGUGGUUAUAAGGAUUACAUUGGCACAAAGAUCCUUUAUCCAGAGUUUCCAGCAAGAAUGAAAGAAAUAGUGUUGAACAGUCCAAAAGUCCAGGAAAUCAUACAACGUCUGGCCAAAGAACAAGCUGAUUUAUUGAUAGCUCAAAAGAAAAAGAAAUGGGACGAGAAACGGAUCACCAAGCAAAGAAAAGCAUUACGGAAAGAAUUAGAGGUCGUCGCCAAAGCCAUCGUGGAUAAGGCUUUUGCUACGAUGAACAGUAAAAGAACAGUUCGACUCUUCGCCUUCAUGGUGAACACGAUACUUGCCCGACUUUAUCAUCAAGGUGUGCAUAUAAGAGAAAGUGAAUGGGUCGAAUUGAAACGUGUUGCACUCAUUGCGCAAGAAAAGAAACAGUCUUUAUUAUUCCUGCCAAGCCAUAAAUCACAUAUUGAUUACUUGGUAGUAAGCUACCUUAUGUUUCGGUUAGGCAUCCAAAUACCUCAUAUUGUCGCUGGCGAAAAUCUCGACCUACCCCUUGUCAACAUCCUUUUGAAGGGAUGUGGCGCUUUUUAUAUACGUCGAGAAUGGGGCAAUGACAUAUUGUAUAAAGGCAUUCUCGAAGAAUACAUUACUACUUUAUUAAGCGGUGGAUACAAUAUAGAAUGCUUCAUAGAAGGCACCCGUUCUAGACUUGGAAAACUUUUACAGCCCAAACUCGGUAUCAUCAAGAUCAUCCUCGACGCCUUGAUUGAUCAUCGGUUUGAAGAUUGUCAUAUUGUUCCUAUCUCUAUCGGUUAUGAUAAAAUCAUUGAAACGUCCAGUUAUGCGACUGAAUUAUUAGGUGCACCAAAAGAGAAAGAGAGCUUAUGGGGUAUUCUGACCAACUCUAGUGUAUUGCAAUUGAAAUGGGGACGAGUGGAUGUCCGUUUAAGUAAACCAUUCUCGUUAAGGAAUUGGCUAAAUGAUCAAAUUAACUUCAGAGGCCCUAUGGAUUUAACGCAACAACAACAAAAGUCAAUACUUUUGAAAUCACUUGGUUACAGAGUGCUUGCUGAUAUCAAUGCUAUUUCCGUGGUGAUGCCAUCUGCCUUGGUAGGCACAGUCAUCCUCACCCUAAGAGGAAGAGGAGUCGGUAGAAGUGAGCUCAUUCGCCGCGUCGAUUGGCUAAAAAGCAUUACGGAAAACAAGGGCGGUAGAGUGUCAGAAUUUUACGACAUGUCUACAGGUGAAAUCGUCGACAAAACCGUAACUAUUCACAAAGAUCUUAUUGGAGAACGUAAAGGAAAAGAUAUCAUCGAGCCUACGUUUUAUCCUAUCAACGCUUUUGAACUGUCUUAUUAUCGUAAUCAAGUGAUCCAUUUGUUUGUAGAAGAAGCCAUCGUUAGCGCGGCACUUUACACUGUGGUUAAGAAAGGAGGUGGCAAAUCUCUACAGCGCUUGAAAUAUGAAGAGCUUUUGGACGAAAUUGUUUUCCUUUCCAGUUUAAUGAAACUCGACAUGAUCUAUAAGCCAGGAGGUGCUGAGAACAAUACGAAACGUACUAUUCAAUGGUUGAAAGAGAAUCAUGUCAUUGAGGUGUCCAAAGACGGUUGGGUUGGAUUAUCUGAUAUGGAAAGACAAUGCGGUAGAGAGAAUUAUGACUUCCUUUGCUUUUUGAUCUGGCCAUUUAUCGACGCUUAUUGGUUAGCAGCUGUCAGUCUCUUUACUUUAGCACCUCCUCAUGUUGUGGAUCAAGGCCCGAUCUGGGUGGAAAGCACUUUAUUCGCUAAACGUACUCAAUCCUUGGGCAAGACACUCUAUUAUCAAGGCGACCUGAGCUAUCUUGAAGCUUGCAAUAAAGAAACCCUCAGUAAUGCAUUCCUACGCUAUCAGGAACAAGGUAUCUUAUUGAAGCGAACUAACCAUGCAGCCAAUACAAAACCUUGGUCUGAGGUGGCUAUCAGUCCAGACUACACUCCUGAACGGCAAAAUGGCAGCUUGAUACCUAGAGGACAUCUGUGGGAAUUAGUAGAUAGAAUUGGACGUUUCCGAAGGGAAGGUAAAAAUAGAAGAGAUAAUGCCACAGUCAGUACCAGAGUACUUCGUUUGGCUGAUCUCCUGGGUGAAAACAAUGCGAUUUCUACAACAGAUCAAAAGGCUUUACUAAAGAAACCGCCAUCGAAUGCAGAGAUCAAGGCCAAAAUAUAA